GCGGUGGCGCGGGGCCGGGGGGGCUCCUCCGCUCCCACAGCUUCCCCUGAGGGGACCGCGGCCGCCCCGCAGCCCGGCCGAGCGGCUGCAGCGCUGCGGAGGCACUGCGGGCCUAGUGCAGGGAUUUCCGUCCUGCAGUUAAAGGGAUUUAAGGUUUUCCUGCGUUUGUUAAAGCUGCAGACUGUUCAGCUGUAAGGCAGCAGCACAGCGAAAGGAGACAGCUUCCGAAUAUGGAUAGGGGAAACAGGGUGCGCUCAGAAUGGCUGAGAAGUGGAUCAGUCAGGAUAGAACAGCUUCAAAAGAAGGGUUUGAGAGCUCCAUGUCCCUCUCAGCCAAGCAGCCCUGAGAUCACACUGCAGAGCUGUAGAAACAUGAAUCUGAAGCUCCUGAAGAAGAAAGUUGGGUGACUCUGUGAUCAUCAGAUUCACGGGCUGCAGUUACAAGAAAAUGAACACAGCUACUGGAAUGAAAGUAGGGGUAAGAACAUCAAUGGGACUUGCACAGCUAUUCUUAAUUGUGAUAAAACCUACAAUGAUGAAAAAACAAGACAGAUCUGUAACGUCUUUCAAAGAAUGAGUACAAGUCAUUUCAGGGAUGUUCCCCACAUGUAACUGUUCCUACAAUGCAAGUGUGAAAUACCUUUACCCUUACCCUUCUGGAGCAGCCGUACGUGGGCAGGACUGGUUCUCCAAGAGGGACAGUGAAGCAGCUGGAAUGUAUCAAUGGAGGCCAGCUUAUGGCCUUCGGUACCUGGCACUGCGAUGUGUCAUGAGCCUCAGCAGAUUUUACUUACAGCAAGAUGAGCACAGAUGGCAGGAGAAGCCUGGGACUGCCUCUCUUCCCCACACUGCAGGACGCUCAUUGACAUUUGCUGUGAGAGUAAGCAGUUCCCAGCUGUCUGGAGAGCAGUCCUUCAGCAUAUGAUCUGCUCCACAAGAUGGUAAUGUAUAAGUGUAGACAUCUGAUUCAGUACAGUUUUGUGUUGAUAGAAGAUUGUUUUCAGUGCUAUUCUGAGUGAGUAGGACCGUAUUCCUACUCAUACUUCAACAAAUAUUCUCUCUUCUGUUUUGAGUCAAUGUAGGCAGCAGCUUUAAUGGACAAUACAUUUAAAAGACAUUCUUUGGGAUGAGUGAAACAUGAACGUGCCUGAAAAAUCUAAGGGGUUUACUUUCCCAUGAGGAAAAUAAAUUGCAGAUUAUAUAGUUACAGUUUGAGCUUGUUACCUACUUGCACUACAAGACAAAAUUGUACUGCUAUAUAAUCUUUGCUUAUUUUUCCUAUGUUUUCCAUCUAUUUCAUGUUACUGAACAUAAACAUUAACAUCCAGAAAAUGCAUCAAAUCAUUUUCUUCUACAAAGAUAUUUUACAUCUUAACCAGAAUUGGCAGUUAUGUACUUAAAACUUUUAUAAUGAUAUAGCAAGUUCCUCUCAGUGCAUUGUUUCUAGCUAGGAGGAAUUAUUGCUCCAAUUUCAUAUGUGUCUGAUGAAAAGAAAUGAUGGCUAUAUUCAAGGAAGUGAAGCUGAGGAGCAAAUAAAGAGAAAAAUAUUUGGUAUUUGAAUCCUUAUCCCAUACUUGGCCUACACACUUGUUUAGCAGUCACGCAGUAGACUGGAUUUUAAAGAUUCUAUCUAGAAGCCUUCAAACAGCCCUAGAAAUUUUGCUCCAGUAUUUAUUUUAAAGCUGUACAUUUUGCUAUAACAAUCAGAUACUUAAAAACAAAGUAGAAAAAAACUAUAGCAUAAACAAAAUUGUCAGUAAUAGGUAAUUGUUUAUUCACCCACUGCCAUCUCUAUAACUCCUUUUACUUGUAUUCUAAAAUACAAACAACACCUAAACAUCAGCUGCUGCAACAGGUCAUAUAGAUCAGUAAAUAAAAACUUUUAAAUAAAGUUAAGGAAAAUGAAUCAGCUUUAAGAAGCACUUAUUCUGGUAUUCUGGGCUGUAUUAGGUGAAGUAUUGCCAGCAGGUGGAGGGAGGUGAGCCUUCCCCUCUGCUUGGCAUUGCUGAGCCAGCACCUGGAGUGCUGUGUCCAGUGCUGGACCUCCCAGUACAGGAGAGACCUGGACAUACUGGAAAGAAUCCCAACAUAGGGCCAUAAAACGAUGAAGGGAUUGGAGCUGAGAGAACCGGGGCUAUUCAGCCUGGAGAAGGCUCAGGGGGUCUUGUCAAUGUCCAUAAAUACUUGAAUGGAGAGGGUGCUCUGGGUUUUGCCCAGUGCCUCUUGUCCUGGCACUGAGCACCACUGAAAGAAGCCUAGACUUUCUACCCUGGUUCCAACUUGUUUGGCUUUCCUGAAAGAAGAAUUUAUUCAUAACCUAACCUCUAAUUCUGCAUUGGAAUCUCCAGGUUUGAAAUCUAUCCCUCAUGCAAGGAUGUGCUUUGCACUGAAGCUUUUGGUACUGCUCUGAUUUAGCAGUGACCUUGGUGGGCCCACUAGUGUGUCCACACUUCACCUCUACUGGGAGCCAAAGAUACUGCUAUAGUAGUCCUCAUUAACGAGACAAACAUUUUUGAUAUAUAUUUUUCUUCAAGUGACCAUGUUGCUGAUUUGGAAAAUUGUCUUUUAUUAAUGCUCGGAAUAAUUGUGCUGUUUUGUCAUUUCAUGAAGAAGUUAUUUGUUCUUGGAAGUGUUAUUUAAAGGCUAACUCAAAUGAGGAAACACCUCUGCUAUUGCAGGCCAAAGUCUCUCAACUUUUUUUUUCACUUCAUCUUUUUGAUGCUGACUGAGUGAAUUUUCAUUUUAGUUGAAGUUCAUGUUUUGCUCAAAAAUCCUUCAAGCAUCUUCAGAUGCAGGUAUGAAUCUUUUUAAGGAGAUUCUGCCUAGAGUAAGGAAGAUUCUUUUGGGUGCCAUGGCUUCUGAUGACCAAGCAUUGCUUAACCUCAUGCUGAAGGAAGAUGUGAUGUCCGAGGAGUAUCUCCAGUCCUUUCUCCAUGAAAAAGACAGAGAGGACCUUGCUAGGAAGAUAUCACUGGCAUUUGUGGAAAAAUGGGAUCUGUAAUUGAACACUUUGGUUCCCCACUAUUGUUUAAAUCUCUGUGGCAAUAAACCUCAAAACAUCACAGAUAAUGAGCCAACAGGAACCAAGUACAUGUCUGGUAAAUCAGCUUUUUCUUUUUGCAUUGUUAAAGAUUUACUUUUCUUUAUUGCAUUGUGACAUAGUGCAAAGUGCAUCAGUGGAGAGCAGGUGAGGAAGAGAAGAGAGUGGAAUGUAACCCAACAGCAGCUGAAAACAGAGCCACCCAUUCAAGGCAGCUCUCCAGUAGUCAUUUACAUAGUCAGUCCAUAAUAAAACUUAAUCUUUGACAUCUGUGCAGAACAAAAAAUGCAAAGUAGAUUAAGAAGACCACAGUAAGGUCAGUUUUUCUUUACUGACGUCUCAACCAUUGAGAGUCUGAGCAGUAUUUAUUUGUGACCCAUUCUGACAACUCAUGAGGAUAUCACUCAUCUUAUUCAAGCAUGUAUGGGAAGAACAUUCUCCAUAGCAAAUUCCAGCUGCCUAUAAGCACAGAAAUUACAACAGCUAUAACAGACUGCUGCAUAUUGAAGGAGAGGAAGUACUUAAUGACUUAAGAAGCUGGAUUCAAGAAUUGUGAGGUUCUUAGUGGGCAGAAGGAGAUAUAAAAAUGUGGAGUCCUUAUAAUUGUGAGGUAAUAAACUCACUUUUAAGUCUUACCCAUCCGAAGAUUGACGUUGUAUAUAAUGGAGAACAGGAGCAGUGCUGGGACAAUCCUAACAUGGUCCAUCCUACGUGAAACAGAACCUCAGCUUAAUUAUAUUAUUCAGAAUGACUUUUACAAAACAAUUCUAAAAGGAUAAUGAAAGAAUAAUUAAUAGAAUAUACAGACAGUCUUGUAAAACUGAUGGGAGAAUCUUGGGCUGCAGCGCAGGGCUGUGUGUGAAGGUUUUCCUCUCCUGUAAUACAGUAUUGGGCCUCACUUUUCAGAGCACUGCUGAAAAUACAAGAAGAAAUGCUAAUGAAAAGAAAUAAGAUAGUUCAUAAAUACUGAACUAGAAGGGAAAAUACUGAACUAGAAGAUCUUAGUGCUGCUCUUGCAUUCAAAUUAAUAGCAAGAAGUCAUAUUUAAAUGUAGAAUAUCACAGCAAGUAGCCUAGGGUUACAUAAGAUGGGACAGUAUAUAGUCUGUUUUUAAUUAAAUCUCUGAAGUGCUUGUACACAUCCACUGCUUCUGAUUUUUGUAAUGGUCAUACCUAAAAUCUCCAUUCAAAAAUCAUGAUCCUGUCAUGCCUGGCUCUGUAUCUCUGUCACAAAACUUGAACUGCGACAUGACAGAGGGAAACCAAAGUAUAUCAGAAUAAGCAUUAGUCUUCAUCCAUCACAUGUUCAACCAUUGUCACUAUUCUCUAGAUUUUGUAAUUAGGAGCAGAGCUUAAAGAAGUAGCUUCAAAGAUACAUGUUUAUCAGAAAAUGACUCAAACUAUUAGACUUAACUUCCUUUGAAGCAAUUUUUUCUAAGAAGUUUUUUUCCAGUCUGUUCAUUUUCAGAUAUAUGUUCAAUGACUUUCACUUCGCAGAGACAGCACAAGUCAGGAACAGACUGAUAUCAGCAGGUCCUGAAUAAAGAUCUUUAAAAUUUCUGGUGAGAAAGCUUCAGGUUUCCUCCACUUGCAAAGUGCAUCAUUUACAUCAGUUUUGCAGUGCUUCCAUUACCCAUUGGUGCAUUCUGCUUGUUCUUUUUGCUGUAGGGCAGCUUAUCUUCAUUUUGAAUCCGCAAAAACUGAAGCACAGAAGCAGGUGCUCACCUAAGGAGUUUAGGCAGUCCUCAGCUGUCUCACAGCCUCCUGUCUUUUUUACACUCUGUAUCAAAGACCAUCAUUAGAGAUUAGUCCAUUAGAUGAACCAGUACUCUGAUUUGCUCCAGCAAUUCUUUGCUGCUGUUUCUAAGCAGCUAUGGUUGUUGUGCACAAAGUGGGCAAACUUCUAACUGUAGUUAUAUGAAUUGGAAUUAAACAGGUGAACUUUUUUGUUCUCCAGACUUUCAUUCUUGAAGUACAUUGAUCACAUCAGGGGAUUAUAGCCUCAGAAGCUGAUGAAGUCUGCCUACAGGACUGAUAAAGGAGCUUGUGACUUGGGGGGUUGUGCUGCAGAUUAGGACAAGAUUAACAAUAAACCUCUUAACUGUUUGUAGGGGUUUUCCCUGCGAUGACUGUAUCACAACCAGCUGCUCCCAGGAAGGAAACAGCGUGAUAUCUUCUCAGUGAACAUGUUCCCACGGAACCUGGUGGAAGUGGAGCUAAAGCAAAAAGGCUUACGCAGACAACAAGAGACAAAUCAUGGAUUCGGCAUCUGUGUCUGAAAAUAGCUAUCUUGAUUUGCUGCUUUGUGAUAGUGAUCCACUGCAUCUAUUUACGUUCUCAGAUCCUAAGUCAUCUGGAAAUGAAGGUGAAUUCUUUUCAGAUCCUGAAGUUGAUACCUGCAACUAUGAACAAUUCAGUAAUAUGGAUUUCCUGUGUACAGUGGAAAAUGAUGAAAAUGGGGAUGAAUUGUAUCCUUCUUCCAAUGGCAGAGAUGCCUAUUCUAGAAUAGCUGAAUUAGCAGAAUAUGUGCUCAAGGAUCAGCAUGAGAAGCAGGUGGAAGAUGCUUUUGCAGUGAACCUUAUUUUGGAUGAUGUGGCUCUUGAAAACACUGAGAAAUUCACUGAUGUAAAGGUGCAGAAAUGUCAUAAAAGAGCUUUUUUAGGGUCUGCAGAGAAUUGCUCUGAUGCUUCGGAACCCAAAUACAAGAAAAUUGUGGAUGCCCCUGCAGUAUCAACAGGGAAUGGAUGUUUCCUAGCAAUGUCUCUCAACAGCCAUUCAUCUAACUCCACCUCACUAACACACCAGCACAUGUCCUUUUCUGUUCCCACUGUCAAUGCAUUGGGAAGUUUUGUAAUUCCUGUUUCAGGGUCUUCAGUACCUGUGAUUCCAGAGUGUGUGCCACUUGGCAUGAAAGACAACAUAGAGAACGUAGACUUUGUGGAUCCUGCUCAGCAGAAAAUUAGUUAUUUUCUUGGAAAUGGCCCAUCUAAUGCUAUAAAAUAUCCAGCACUGACUUCCUCCACUGAAUUAAUGGUAUCCCCAAGUUUUCAAGUUAAUUUAAGUGGCUUAGAAAUGUUUGAAGAAGUGCAAGUGCCUAUAAUUCUUUCUGAAGAAACUUCAAGGAGACCAAGGUCAGUGGAAGCUUUCUCUACAUCACUUAUGGAUUACUUCCGAGACGUAUGCAAAUCUGUGUCUGUGGAGCGUGAAAUGUCUCUUGAUCACAUGUAUAUUGAUGGCACACUUAUCCAAAGCCAAAUUGAAACCAAGCCUGGGAAGAACAGUGUAAAAUCAGUGGAAAAGGAUUUGGUAACUCAUAGUCAGCAAGGGAAGGAAAAGGCAGUCCUUGAAAGAAGCCAAAUAUUUCAAAUCUCAGGAGGUAAAGAGUUAGAGACUAAAGUGAUUGUGGUGUUGGGAAAAGCAGGAAUGGGCAAAAGCAUUCUUGUUCAGAAGAUCUGCCAGGACUGGUCCAAUGGAGAGUUUCCUCAGUUUGAAUUUGUCUUUUGGUUUGACUGCAAACAAAUAAGCUUGCCUGGGAAGUGGUACAGCUUGAAGGAUCUACUUCUUGAUUUUUUUGUAAAACCUCAGGAGGGAAGCAAAGAGAUCUUUGAAUACAUACUUCAGAAUUCUACUAAAGUCCUUCUGGUUUUUGAUGGUUUGGAAGGGUUGCAUGGCCACGAGAAUUUUCCUCCUUGUUCAGCCAGCCAGCCUAGCAAAGACUUGUGCCGAGUAAAGGAGCUGCUUUCAGGACUCAUCCAAAAAAAGAUACUCAAUGGCUGUACUUUAUUACUUACAGCAAGAACAAAAGAUAAGGUGUGCCAGUAUGUGUCCAAAGUGGAUAAGACUAUUGAAAUAGUAGGAUUCUCCCCUCGGCAGAGAGAACUGUACAUAACCAAAUACUUUGAAGGAUUACCCUCAUGCGAUAAUGCACUGAAUUUAAUCAAAGAGCAUGAGUACCUCUUCAGUCAUUGUUACAGCCCUGUUAUGUGUAGAUUUGUCUGUUUUCUCUGUGAGACAAUACUUGAAAUGGGAGACAAAGGCCUUCCUUCAACUCUUACUACACUCUUCCUGAAAUUUGUUCAGCAAAAAAUAAUGCCUACGCAAACAGAUGUUACAGAUGUUACACUUGUGCAAAAUCAAGAAAAUCUUGCUACGCUAGCCUGUAUAGCCUGGUAUCUUGGAGAAAAGCACCAAAGUGCCAUGAAAAGUGAUCUUCUUCCUUCUAAGAAAAUUAAAGAGUUUGCUCUGAAAUAUGGAUUUUUCCUGCCAUUUGCAUUCCCCAAAUAUUCAGGUACAGGAGAAGAGGAAUUUGGGACCAUGUUCUCCGAUUUUGUCAUUCAGAAUUUCUUGGGUGCUCUUCACCUUAUAUUAGCAGAAGGCAUCAAGGACAAAAGUCUAAUAAAGUACCUGUCUUUUCCAUCCAAGAAGAAAAAACCUUACAACUGGUUACAUUUAGUGCCUCGAUUUUUGGCUGGAUUGUUGUUCCUCCAGGAUGACACCUGCUUCUGCUCCCUUUCAAAUAAGAGCGUGAAAAAAUCCACCAAGAAGCAGAAAAUGCUCCUGAAAUAUGUUAAAAGGUUGCAAAUAAACAACCUUUGUCCAGAGAGGUUACUUGAGCUUUUGCACUGUAUUUAUGAAACACAAAACAAUUAUCUCUUGCAGCAUGUGGCCUUAAGACUCAAGUCAGACCUGUCCUUUCUGGGCAUCGUUCUUACACCACCUGAUGUCCAUGUACUGUCCUCUACUUUAAAAAGGUCAAGAAAAGAAUUUUCCUUGGAUUUGCAAAACAGCAGUAUUGAUACGCAUGGGCUGAAAGACUUGGUCGGCCUGAGGAAUGUGACAUCAUUCAGGGCCUCCCUCAGUGAUACAAUCAGGCUAUGGAAAUACUUAGAACAGACAAAAGACUAUGAGCUGCUGAGAGUGUCAACAGAAAAAUUUGUUCUUGAUCCGUUUAAGGCAAAGACAAUGAAAGACAUCAGCGACCUUUCUGACCUUAUAGAAAUGCAGAAGAUGAUAAUCAAUUGUGUGCAAGAUGCCUCUGGUUGCAGCAGCUAUGAAAUUCCUGCCAUAAAGAACCUGAGAAAACUAGAAUUUGCUCUGGGUCCAGCAUGUGGCCUUCAGGGAUUCCAAAAACUCGUGGAAAUUCUUGCAGCAUUUCCAUCACUUCAGCAUUUGGACCUUGAUGCGCUGAGUGAAAAUGGCAUAGGAGAUGAAGGAGCAAAGAGUCUGUCUGAAGUCUUUCCAACACUGACAUCACUGGAAACAUUAAACUUGUCACAGAAUAAGAUAACAGAUGUGGGUGCAGAGAAACUAGCUACAGCUCUUCCCUCCUUGUCUUCAUUAACGACACUAAGCUUGUACAAUAAUAGCAUUUGUGAUUUUGGAGCAGAAAACCUUGCAAAAGUUCUUCCUGCAAUGGCAUCUUUAAGAGUGCUAGAUGUUCAGUAUAACAAAAUAACCGGUGUUGGAGCCCAACAGCUGACUGACAGCCUAAGAAAAUGUCCCCAUAUAAAAAAUUUGGUGAUGUGGAAUCCUACAAUUCCGUAUGGAGUUCUUGAACACCUUCAGCAGCUGGACUCUAGGAUCAGUGUGUAGGUUCAGAUGACCCUGUAAAGGUAACAUAAAGAAGAGGGGAAGGUCUCUUCUGUGUUUUCCUGUCUUACCGCUUUAUGAAGCAGGAAUUAAAUGCCAAUUUUUAUGAUAGUGGCAACAUGAAAAAAGUCACAAUGAACCUUCUGGGUGAUGCUUGAAGUAGGUGAACGAUGGAGUUCAAAUUUUUAAGAGGUCAUUUAAAAUGCUUUUUAAAAACUCAGUUGUGUUUCCACUGAAUUGAUGAACAGUCAAGUAACACAUUUCACAGAAGAACAUCUGGACAAUUUUCACCAUUAAAAGUGAACAGGAGUCACCAGCUUACUGGCAGUCUAAAAUUCUAUCAUCGAUUCAUCAAGUAUGCGCUGCAAGCUGCUGCAUCUGCAACAUCUGAAGUAGUGAGAGAUGAAAACGAAUUGUUUCAUGGUGCCAUUGAUAAAUGCAAUUAAGUUUGUAUUCAUUUUGGACUACCGAAGUUGAAGAUUUCACCUGUAAAUCUGGAUUAAAUGGAAGUGUUCAGGUCAGAAGCAUAAGAAUGACCAGUCUGGAAAACAGUCUGAAAUUGUAACGCUAUCUGUGGGAAUCUAGAAGUGGCUCUCUUCUUCAUGCUCAUUACCAAUGCUGUCUUAAGAAAGGUAUUUUUUUUAUCAAACAUUGUCUUGUUACAGAUUCCUUCAAAAAGAUUGGAGGGAGAAAAGAGAUGAAUUAAAACUGAAAAAUUAUCAGGGAUUUUUCUGAUGAUGCGACAGAAAUCCAAUUAUAUACAAAUAGCUCCAGCCCAGUGCACAAAAAUCCUCCGAGUGACAUUGCUUAAAGGUUUUUACUCUGUCACAAAUGGAAACCUUACAAGUGUGAGGUUUUUUCUAUUUUUGAAUGAACGAAUUUCACUUGGUGUGACCUAUUGCAAAAAGAGAUUCUGGGUUGUAAAGUGUCAGCUAAAGUAUUUGUGUGUGAAAUUCUCAGGAACUGAAAACAAAAGUUGGACUUCCGAAACAAUUUUUUUUUCUCAUUCAUCUACCUGAAUUGAGAUUUAGUCUCACACUUGCAGGUGACAACUAAAUGCACAAGCAUCUAUUUUAUACAUGAAAAUGAAAUCACUACUUUGUGUUCUUGAUGUGGUCUGCUUCUAAAGAGUUAUGAAGAAUUAGACAAUGAUAGAAAAUCACUUAUUUCGAAGAAAUAACAUGGAUCUGUUCUGCUGGCCUCAUUGUUAUUUGAGCCAAAUCCCGGUCCUGCUGAAAGCAAUAGCAAAACAGUAGUCUCCUUUUUCUUUUCUUGCACUUCAGCCCUCUGAACACAGGAAAAAAAAAUUAUAAUUCUACAGAGGCAAUUGUCAAGACUAGCACUCUGGUUGCAUGUCCUUGCAAACUGGAGACAAGAAAACAAUGUUGGAUGGUAGAAGCUAGCAUUCAGUGUGCUACAGAUUGGAAAGGGAGGGCUGUGUACCUCAUUUUGCUAGCUUGGGGUUAGCUCAACAACCUCCUUUAAGUCUCUUUUGCUAGGAAGCACUGACAAUACCAACCAAGGAUCUCUGCAAAUGAGCAUCUCUCAACUUACCUUCCAAAUAUUCUGUUAUUUGGUUUAAAAACAUCCCCAAUUUAAACAGCUCAAAACCUCACUCGUUGUUCUUUGCGGCAAAUGCUGUGUUUCCACUAACAUUUCUGCACCUGCAGAAUCUUGACAAUUGAAAGAAGGAAGGAGGGUCUUCUAAUUUGUUAUUUCUGUUUAAAAAAAAGUCAGGAUUCGUACCUCACGUGAAGGUAAUAGUACAGGAGAGCAAGGCAAAAAACACUAUGGAGAAUGCAAUUCUAACUAUAAAAUUGUCUUUUCCUUUAUUAUCUGCUUCAGUCUUCAAAUUCUAACUAGAGAUGUGAAAAAUCUCAUUUAUGUUCCUCUCUUUAAGCUGCUUGAAUGGGAAGUAGCUUGAGCUAAAUUCAGUGUGACAUUCCCAUCAGCCUACAACAUUCCAGCCACGCAGAGCUAUGGUGAGCCCUCCUCUCGGCUUCCUUGAACUUUGCUUUGGAUGACAAAUGCCCCUUUAGGGAUCUAUUCUGCAGCCAAGCUUCACUGUGACUGAAUCUAAGAAUAUGCUAACUAUUAUGGAGGCAGCUGAACAUUGCAGCACUUUGCACUGCUAAAACAGUGUUGGGUAUUCUACUGUUCUCUUAGUGGGAGAUGUAUGCUUAUAAUGUAGAUUGUAAAUUGUGAUGCAGUGUUUUGGUUAUUUUUAUACAUCUUUUUGAAAGUAUUAAUAAAAGUGAAUAUUCCUUUUUACAGUA